AUGGCGACGGCAGGCAAAAUACACUCGUGGAUACACCAUGACGACCAAACAGAUCCAUCAUCCCUGAAAAGCCAGGUGUUUCGCCAUGUGGCUGCGCACCGACAAUGGAAACGUCUGCAGCGGACGCGGAAUCUGCGGGUCUCAGCCCUGAACUUGUACCACACAUUUCAAAACCAGGGUGGGCAGACUGCACAGAUCGACGCCCAUUUCGCUGGAUCCUACGACCCCUUUGAUACUCUACCCAUCCCCCACACGGCUCAGAUCGACGAGCUACUCCAAUUCGACCAGCUCCAUGUCUCUCCAGCAAUGGGCAGCUCCACGAUCCCUCUGCACCCAUCGGCGACGUAUCUUCAAGAUGAACUGGCCGCGUACGGGUACUUGGCCCGCAUCGCGGCGAUCAAAGCGCGGUGCGACCCGAAACCAGAGAUCUUCAAUCUGGUCCUCAAGUUGAAAACGAAGGCGAUGCAGCAACUCCGCCUGAGCCUUUUCCAGACGGGCCUCACGCAUCUUUGUCGGCCGGUCAUGUCUCUCCUGUACGCGGAGACGUGGUGCGACAACCAUGCGGCGGUGGCGGUCCAUCUUCGCCUGCUGGAGGUUAUCAACAACCAGUAUGGAGCGAAGUCUGAGGAUCUUAUCUGCAUCCUCCACUCGGACACCCAGCGCGCUACCCUAACACUAGCAAGCCUGCUGUUCACGAUGGACGACAGCACAUGGGAUAUGCUGGAGGCAGACUAUGCAGUAUUUGUACCCCUUCCGUGGCUUGAGGACGACACUGGCGAUGGCAUUCCAUGGCCCUGGCGCCGCUUGAUACUUGAUCUGAGAAACGCCCUCGUGGCCAUCAGCGUGGUGCGAGCGGCCGAGACACCAUGGGCUGUUCGACACGCCGCCACGGUCAGAUUUCUUCACAUCAUGAGGCUUCUACUCGAACAGUACAAUUCGAGCUCCAACAAUGUCGAGAAAUGCGCGGCUUUGGCGGCUCUCUACCGGCUCCGUCUGGCGGCCAAUAUGGAGCGGAUACCGCUUUUUGACACCACCGUGUUCAAUGCAGGAAGGCUGAUCCUGUGGAGACUUAAAGAGCUGCUCGCUACGAUGUCUAACGAGUCGCCCGGAAUACGCCUGUGGGUUCUAUUCGUAGGGACAAUGUCGGGCGACAGUUGGUUCGAGGAGGAAUUCAGGGGGCAAGCAGAAACACUGGGACUGGUGAACUCGGACGAUGUCAAGGCUGUCCUCGGUGUCUUUGAGGGCGGAGACCUACCAGGUAUAAGGGUCGACCAGCUCGUUAAUCCUUCGUGUUGA